UUUAAUACCGCACGACCAAUUGACGUUGCCCCCUCACACAUAAAUUAAUAUAACGUCCUUCACCUAAUAUUCAUCCAACAAACAAUGGCUUCGAUCGCAAGAUUGCUGCGGCUCGACCACUUCGAGCCCGACAGGAUCGUGACCUCGAACCUGGUCCGCCCUCUCACGCUCGCCAUCCUCCGCGGUCUUUUGUGCCUGUACUGCCUGAUCGUCAUCGUCUCGGUCUGGGCGACUAGCGAGUCGGCAUCGGGAUACCUCAUGUUCUUUACAAACCUCACCUACUUUGGACUGAACGCAUACCUCGUCUGCUCCACUCUUUGGUCGAUCGGCUAUUUGAGACAACCCACCCCCGAGCGGGCUCAAUGGCUUAAAAACCGUUCCCCAUGGUGGGGCUACGCGCACUGGCUGCUCUACUCCACCGUCGUAACCUUCCACAUCGUCGUCCCGAUCGUCUUCUGGACCUUGCUCAGUACUGGCGCGCACAUGUCGACCUUCGGCUCUUGGCAGAACGCGUCCGUCCAUGCCGUGGACGGUGUCUGCGCAGUUUUUGAACUGAUCUUCAACCGGCAUGUCCUCGAACCCGUUCACGCGUUCGUCGUGACCGGAGUGAUGCUCUUGUACAUGUUCCUGACGUUCGUGGUCCACAAGACGAAGGGUAUUUGGGUGUACCCGUUCCUGAACUGGGACCAGGGCGCGAUUGCAGUGGCGUAUUAUCUGGGCAUUGCGCUCGGACUGCUGAUUAUCUUCUUUGUGUUGUUGGUGUUGCACAGGUGCAGGAACAGGUGGUUGGCGGGACGUUGUGAGCGCGUAAACCACGAUCAGCAGCUAGAGUCGCUUCAACGCCAGGAUCAUCAACAACACCAGGAUGUGGAAAAGACGGGGCCCUAAGAUCGGUCCUUGGAGGAAUAAAGAGACACAAAAUUUUAUCAAUAUCUUUGUGCGCUC